AUGGCCUCUUACACUGCUUACAGUGGCUACGGCAAACCACCUCAAUCUUACGUAGGCUCCUACUACGAUGAGAAGCAGGCCAAGACAUAUGCAGAUUAUGAAGACUCUGUGUAUGAGGAAAAAAAGAGAAUUGAGAAGAAGGACCGUCGAGACGCCAUCUGUUGUGAGGUUGUGGCCCUCGUCAUCGGUUUCAUUGGACUUAUUGGAGUGGCAGCAGUGACAGGCCUGCCGAUGUGGAAGGUAACAGCCUUCAUUGAGGAGAACAUCAUUGUGAUGGAGACCCGCUGGGAGGGAUUGUGGAUGAAUUGCUACAGACAAGCCAACAUCAGAAUGCAGUGCAAGGUGUAUGACUCCCUUCUGUUCCUGCCCCCGGACCUCCAGGCUGCUAGGGGUCUGAUGUGCAGCGCUGUGGCCCUCACAACCUUUGCCCUCAUCGUUGCAGCAGUGGGGAUGAAGUGUACCAAAGUGGUGGACCAUCGAGCUCGUACCAAGCAUGUUGUUCUUGUGGCUGGAGGCUGUCUGUUCCUUUUGGCCUGUGUCACUACCCUAAUCCCUGUGUCCUGGACUGGCCAUGUCAUCAUCAGGGAUUUCUACAACCCUCUGCUGAUCGAUGCCCAGCGCAGGGAGCUCGGUGAGGCUCUUUACAUUGGCUGGGUGACCUCGGCGUUACUUUUCACUGCUGGAGUGAUCUUGCUGUGCCGUCACGCUCCCCGCACCCAGGAACCAGAUGAGAGAGUUAUAUACAACCCCAACGGAAGUAUCUACCAACCUGCAUACACUUAUCAGCCAUACACAUACCAGCCAGCGUACAGCUACCAGCCUCCCUACUCCGCACCCCCACCAGGAUCUGUAGCAUACGCACCAAGCCAGUACCAGUGA